GGUGGCGAGAAAGAGCAGACAGCAGCUGCAAAUGGCUUCGUCCCGAGACACAGACGAGCUCAGAGCCACUUCCCUCUAAGCGAAAGUGAAAGAGAAGACAGCCGGGAGGCGCACGCAGCAGGCUGGCCACCCAAGGGGUGUUUGUUGUACCUCCGCUGAUCCUGGGCCCUGCCAGCGGGUGGGCUCGAGGGGCGCGGAGGGAGCAUCGCCCAUGCGCGCCGAGGCGGCAGCAGCAGCAGCGGGCUGCCUGCUCCUCUGCUUGGCUCUGUGCGGCGGCGCGGCAGAAACGGGGUCCCAGGCAGCAGAAAGCCAGUGGCGGGCAGUAGAUGUGAUCUUGGAUUGCUUCCUGGCCAUGGAUGGUGGGCAUCGCGGGGCAUUUGCCAGCCCUGCCAACAGGGAGAGGGCCUUGCUUGUGCUGAAGCAGGUGCCAGUGCUGGAGGACAGCUCCCUGGAAGGCUUCACUGACUUCCAAGGGGACAUGGUGGCCCAAGAUGACCCCCGUGUUGUCUUCGAGGCGUCAGUGGACCAGGUGCAGAUUCCCCAGGCCGAGGCCUUGCUCCACGCCGACUGCAGCGACACGGAGGUGACCUGUGAGAUCUCCCGCUACGUCCUCCAGGCCAAACAAGAGGCACCUGCUGAGGAAGCAACUUGGUUCAUCAGCAACGUGCAGGUGUCUGGAGGGGGCCCCAGUGUCUCUAUGGUGAUGAAGACCCUCGGAGAUGCUAAGAGUGGAGCCACCUGGCACCCCACUCUGAAACUACCCCUUAGCCCCCAGGGGACUGUACGAACCACAGUGGAAUUCCAGGUGGCAACACAGACCCAAUCCCUGACCGCCUCUCUGGGGUCCUCAGUCUCCUUGCACUGUGGCUUUUCCAUGGCACCAGGCUUAGAUCUCAUCAGCGUGGAGUGGCGGCAACAGCAUCAGGGCAGAGGCCAACAGGUGUACAGCUGGACGUCAGGAAAGGACCAAGCCAAGCGGCAAGGAGCUACCCUGGAUCCAGACCAGCUGCACAUGGCCAGGAAUGCCUCCCUCACUCUACCAGGGCUCACUGUCAAGGACGAGGGGACCCACAUUUGCCAGAUCACCACCUCACGGUACCAGGCGCAACAAAUCAUCCAGCUCAACAUCCAAGCUUCCCCCAAGGUACAACUGAGCUUGAUCAGCAGAGCCCUGCCACCCACCCUGGUGUGUCACAUCGCUGGCUAUUACCCUCUGAAUGUGGCCGUGACAUGGACCCGAGAGGAGCCGGGUGGAGCCCCUGGACAAGUCUCCGGGGCCUCGUUCUCCAACCUCAGGCAGAGCCUGGCAGGCACCUUUGCCAUCUCCUCCUCCCUCAAGGCAGAACCCGGCCCUGCAGGCGCCACGUACACCUGCCAGGUCAUCCACAGCUCUCUGGAGGAGCCACUCGCGGCUAGCACCUGGGUUCCCCCAUCAGAGCAGAGAACAACCUCUGGAUUCCUCAUCGCCAGCAGCCUCUUCCUCCUCGCACUGCUGUUCCUGGGUCUUCAGAGAUGGCAGGCUCAGCGAGAUCUGCCAAGGCCCUGAGGCACUCUCAGAGGCUGCUUUCCUGCCUCAGAAAGGACUCCGUGGAACCAAGAAAAGUAUGCAGGUG